CUCGCCCCCACCCCUACGGCCACCCACACAGUCUUGUCCUACACGUCCUCCGUAGCCGUCACCACAUGCGAACGAGCGUGUCCCCCUCGUGCUCUCCUUGGUCCUUGCUUGCGCGUUGGCGUGCUCGGCAUGUACCCGCCUCCCGCUCUCGCGCCCAACCGCAGCCUUUCCACCGCCGCCACCACCGCCUGCACCGCUUGCUCUGGCGAGCUGGAUGCGCGACCUCGGCCCGCUGGUGGGGAAUGCGCGGGUUCUGGACCUGGUCUUUCCGGGGACCCACGACACGCUCACCGCCGACCUCUCGGAUCGCAUCGCCGAUAACGCCAACGACAUCUCGCCGAGGCUCGCCAAGAUCCUGCAUGAUCUCGCACCGCAAGAGCUCAUUGGAAGCUUUAUCCGCGAUCAGGCGACAUCGCAAGCGCUGUAUGUGACCGAGCUGCUGCAGGCCGGGACUCGGUUCUUUGACUUUCGUAUCACCUACACCAAAGGCCCGCACCUCGGCGAGCCGUAUGACUGGUACGGCCUACACUUUGUGGAAACAAAGGCCAAGGCCCUCACCUACCUCAAAACCAUUAUCGAUUGGCUUAACUCUCCCGAGGGUGUCGAUGAGAUCGUUGUGGUCUGGUUCUCGCGGCAUGGCGACACCUGCGAGACAGGGACCAAUCAGUAUCCGGGCGUGUCGGUCGCCGAGAAGCAGGCGUUUUGGGCGUCCAUCAAGUCGGUCAUCGGCCCGCUCCUCAUCAACGCCUCGGACAUGCCACCCAACGCUACAUCAGUCGACACCUGCCGCGAUGCUGGCCAGCGGGUCCUUGUCUACACCUCGGACUGGAAAGAGUUUACUGGGAGCGACCCUGCACCGCUCAAUGCUUGCCGUCACAUUGCCAACCUGCACAACGGUGACUUUCUUAACGAGACCAUCGGCUACCGCGAACAGCUCGAUGCCUACCGGGGCUAUGCCGAACAGCGCCAGAUCGACGCUGCCACCAACAUCUUUUCGCUCGUCCGCCUCGCCGUCUCUUCACCCGACUUUCAAAUCGAGGCCGCCGCCAAGUUGCGAUACAUCCCGUUCGGCCAUGCCGAGGUCCGGGCCAAGUGCGCGAGCGGGUUCAACCUCCCCAACGUCACCGAGUGGUGCCCCGAGACGCUGUUGGACCUCACUCAGCUUGCCAACUACUAUUCGCAGCUCACGCUCGAGAUCGCGCACAACAGCCCGGGCUACGCCUUUCCCAACGCGUUCUAUGUCGACGCAGUGACCAGCACCGGCAGCAUCCGCACCGGUACCACGCCGCUCAACCAGCCGCCGGGUCCUCAGCCGCACGCUCUCUCCGAAUACGCGUACGUCGCCACGGUUGUCGACUGGUUCCGUGCCUGGCGAUGCAGCACCGCGUCCGCGCUGCCGGAUGUCUCAUCUGGCCAGUCCAUUGCCGACUUGUGCGCCUCUGCCGGUGCCGCGCUCGCCACUCUCCGCGCUGCCGCGCCCAUCCAGACAUGGUCCGAUCCUGCCAGUGGCCGCCUUGACGGCUGGCCUGCGCCUGGCCGUCUGCCUGGUCACUGA